AUGCCCCGAUCUUCCCGUUCCUCCGCCCGCCCCUCCCCCCCCCCCUCCCAACAAUCCCGAGGCGCCCACACCGCCGCCUACCCCGCCCAACACGCCCCCCCUCCCGCCGCGCAGCACGCCGGUGUGCAGCAGCAGCGCCAGCCCGGCAUGCUCGCCCAGGCCGCGUCCACCAUGGGCGGUGCCAUGGCUGGUUCUGUCGUCGGGCAUGGUAUCAGCAACAUGCUCUUCGGUGGGGGUGGGGGACAGCAGGCGGCACCUGUUGAGCAGGCGCAGGCGCCUGUCAACCAGCAGCAGGCUGGUAUGAGCUGUGAUAUCCAGGCUAAGGACUUUACCAAGUGUCUCGAGGCUACUAACGGCGACAUGCAAUCUUGUGGCUACUACCUCGAAGCCCUCAAGGCUUGCCAGGCUGCUGCCCGACCUUACUAG